AGCUCGUGAAGAAGAGGCCUCAGCAGGGCUGAACGGCUUCUGACGACAAUUGUGUGCAGCACCACAUAUCAGCUUUGAACGAGUGCUCCCGCCGGUCGUAUAGGCCCCAUGUUGACCCAUGCCUGCACAUCUUGGCGGCGCGUCUGUCUUCGAUGUGCAACGCAUGGCUGCGCAUCCUUGUCAUGAAUCCAUGAUUCGCAGAUUCGUGACACGACUCCUGGGUGUAAGAAUACAACCCACUGCGUGAACGUCUAGCGGCACAUCUGCAGCCUGGCGAAUAUCUGCUUGAAAGCCCUCAGCCAUGGCCCGUGCCAAGGAAUGAACUGCCUGCAGGACGCCCUCCUGCAGUAAGACGAAACCGAGGGAGCUACUUUUGUUCAAAAAACAUGGGGCGCAAGGUGCAGACAUUGACAGGAGUAGAUAUAGCCCGGGCAACAGGGACUAUACCGUUCGGAGUUGAUGUUCCGGAACUCUUGCCAAACCAUCACAGCGAAGACAGCUUCUUCGUCCCUCUUCGCCCUACGAACUUGGGAAGCACCCGCGCUGUGCAUCCUCCGGGGUUGCUCGAAUCAGGCGAUCUCUUCCGCAUGGUGUUUCCACUUUGUUCUUUUUCCACUUGUCUGCAAUAUUAAACUUUUUGAGAACCUUAUCUCUGGAAUUGACUGGAGCACGGUUACAGAAGAAAGAGAUCCUAAUAAAUCAUACAACAUAUUUUCAAAACACUUGACAUCUUUAUAUGACGCGUGCUUCCCUCUUAAGCCCUACAAAAAACACAGAAAAUGCAGAAAACCAUGGGUGACAGUAGAACUAUACAACAGAAUUAAAGUCAAAAACAACCUUUUUCAAGUUUUCCUAUCUUCUGGAGACGAAAACGAUUUACGUGAAUUAAAAAAGAUUCGUAAUACAUUGAACAAAGAUUUGAAGAAAGCCAUGACGAAAUACUACAUUACUAAAUUUACCACUCAUUCAGGAGACGCGCGCCGGCUGUGGGACACAAUAAAUCAGCUCAUUAACAAAAAGGAGAUAUCCAGACGAAUAAAAUUUGAAAAACUGGGCAUGAGUAGAUUAGAAAUCGCUGACACCUUUAACAAAUACUUUUUAACAGUUGGUGAGUCUACCACAGACAGCACGGAAACGUGUUGCGAGAACUACAUAGCAUCAAAUUACCCGUCUAGUGUAUUCCUGUUUCCUACUGAUCAACAAGAAGUGGUAAAGCUAAUCACGUCAUUAAAGGAUAACUGUGCUUGCGGCCCAGAUGACAUUAAGCCAAAGCCUUUAAAGGCUAUAAGUCACAUUAUCGCUACACCAUUAACGCACAUUUAUAACUUCAUGUUAUCUUCAGGUGUUUUUCCCGAUCAAAUGAAAGUUGCGAAAGUAACUGUCAUCCAUAAAGGUGGGUCAUUUGAUGAGCUUAACAAUUACAGACCUAUAUCUGUACUCUCUGUGUUCGCGGAAAUGGCUGAACGAGUUAUAUACAAGAGGAUUAUGUGCUUUCUAAACGCAAACAUUAUAAUAGCAAAAGACCAGUAUGGAUUUUGCGAAAACAAGUCUGCUGAGUCGGCUCUACUCAGCAUCAAAGAAUACAUUCUAGACAACAUUGGACACACAAUCUUUACACUAGGAAUAUUUCUGGAUUUUAGAUAGGCAUUUGACAGUAUACAACACGAUCUACUUUUACGAAAACUACCGUAUUAUGGCAUUCGGGGUACCACAGCUCAGUUAAUACAAGGUUAUCUCUCGUCUAGAAAACAAUAUACUGUUGUAUAUAAUACACACUUUCAAGUUGAACACAUUAAGUAUGAUGUCCCCCAGGGAUCGAUUCUUGGACCAAUCCUAUUCCUGCUGUUCAUUAAUGAUAUCGUAAAUAUCGAUGGACACAAGAAAAUAAUAUUGUAUGCUGAUGACACAAACGUUUUUUUCGCAGGUUCAAACGUAUGUGAACUAUAUAAAGAAGCGAACGUUUGGAUGGAGAAAUUAAAUUCAUGGGUAAAUGCAAAUGAACUUCAAUUGAAUAUCGCUAAAACAAAUUACAUGUUUUUCAAGACUAAAGGAGUAGCUCACAUACCAUGCACUCCAAUUUACUUCCAGAGCACCGAGAUUCAGCGCACAACAACAAUAAAAUUUCGAGGAGUUCUAUUCCAAGAACAACUUUCUUGGUCUCCUCACAUUGACACGAUAAAAAAAAGAUCUUUCCAGGAGAAUCGGCAUUUUAAAUAGACUGACAUACUACGUCCCAUUAAAUGUCAAGCUGCAAAUUUACUACGCACUAGUACAUUCACGACUAGCAUACUGCUCCUUGGUGUGGCUAACAACGACCACUACAAACCUUCAUUCUCUGUUGAUAUUACAAAAGCGUGCUAUACGUGCUAUAUCAACACUCCCCUUUACGAAAGUGCCCGACCAUAUUUUAAAAUGUACGAAGUAUUACGUAUAAAACUGUUAUACAGACAUAAGCUAUGUCUAGAGAUAUUACACCAGUAUAAACUAAAUACAUCACUAUUCUUGGACACAUAAUAUGUGAAGCAAACACCAUACGAGCUGAGAAAGAGCCUGAUAUACAAAUAUAGAUCACGCACGAACUACGGUGACCAACGAUUAGCGUCACAAAUUCCAAACAUUCUAAACAAACACCCAACUAUAUUACAUUUACUUGAAGACGGAAUUUCAGGUAGAUCAAUUAAAAAAAUAACGAAAGAGUUCCUAGUGGAUGAAACCGAUGCUUUUCUUGAUUGUUGAAAUUUGCAGUUAAUGAUGUUUUUGUAUUCGUUGCACCUUGUUCAUUAUUGUUCCUUGCCUGUUGUUUAUUAUAAUCUAUAUUUGUCUUGUAGAGCAACUCGAUUUUCUAGUCAAGAUGUUUCUUCUUAAUAUAUUUGAUAGAGGGCCUGCAUUUACUUGUGUUUGCCACCACUCGAAUGAGGACUGUUUGUAUUUCUGUUCUUUUGUUCACACUUCUGGCGGUUCCUGUUUGAUUAUGGUGCCCGUGUAUGAUAACACGUGAUGUUAACAUUUUCUGAGUGCUGUGCUUGCGGUGUGUUUCUGCUUUUCUGCCAGGGUGGCACGACCCAGUCACGCUUUUACUUAGCCUUUA